UGUGCUUGAGUGUUGUUUUAUUAGGUUUAAUAAGGCGCAUAAACCUCAAACCUUCGAUGAACAAGAACUGCAACAGUUCACUUUUUUUGUUGUUCGUUUUGUCAUUUCUCCAAACUGUACUUUGUGGAUCAGAGCAUAUGUGUGUGACGCCUGCGCCUCGACGCCUGCGCCUCGACGCCUGUCAAAUGGGAGCUGCCAGCAAUCGCGAAGGAAACUCCUCCCUGUUGACAACGAGCUCUCCUGGAUUCAUAGCGCAAUGGUAUCCUGGAUUAUAUCUAGGCUUGUGGUGCUCAUAUUUGGGACCCUGUACCCUGCAUACUCCUCAUACAAAGCUGUUAAAUCAAAAGAUGUGAGAGAAUAUGUAAAAUGGAUGAUGUAUUGGAUAAUAUUUGCACUGUUCACUACUGCCGAAGUGAUAACAGACAUAUUUCUGUGCUGGCUUCCAUUCUACUACGAGCUCAAAAUCGCCUUCGUGGUGUGGCUGCUUUCGCCUUACACAAAGGGAUCUAGCGUACUGUAUAGGAAAUUUGUCCACCCCACAUUGUCGUCUAAAGAAAAGGACAUCGAUGAGUACCUGUCUCAAGCGAAGGACAAAAGUUACGACACUCUGGUGCACUUUGGAAGGAAGGGCCUGAACGUGGCCGCUACCGCUGCCGUCAUGGCGGCCGCCAAGGGCCAGGGUGUGCUGUCGGAUCGCCUGCGGAGUUUCAGCAUGCAAGACUUGUCCUCCUUCCAGACAGAAGAUGAGCCAAAAAGCACUUCUUCUAUCACCACCCAGCCAGCGUCCGGCCAGCACAGAACACGGGCCGUGAUGCGCAACAAAUCAGAGACAGGCUACAGCAAGGGCCAGCAGUUUGACGUGACUGAGUUUGAAGUGUUGGGAUCGGAGCCUCCACCCUCACUGGCUCCUAAACCUGCUCCUACCCCACUGCCGCUCCUCACCAUCCAGUGCCAGCCUCCCACAACCCCUGAGUCCUUCCAGGUUGACCCCACGUGCCCUACACCUUUGGCCCCAGAGGUGCCGGAGGUCAGUGGGACGGAGGUGGGCGUCCCGGCCGACACAGCCCAGAUGAGACUGAUUAAGAGGCGUGCCCCGGAGCCUCCUCAUAGGGCCUUAAGGCCGCUCACCAGAUCCAGAUCAAAGAACCACCUAUCUCAGAACCCCGAGGCCAUGUGACUGUGCGGACGCUGCGAGACUGCUUUAGCUGCCUUAGCUGCAACACGAGGACAGGGACAGGAAGGGGACCGAGAGGGGAAGACAAGAGGGGACGCAGCCGAGAGAUCAAAUAUUUAACGCAGCCUUUGUUCUCUAAUGAGGUAACCAAAGCGAUGUGCAAACCUUUUCGCUUCUGACCUUUGACACUCGCGGGGAGGGGGG